UCGGAAGUAAACCAAAGCUUCUUCUUCAAUCGUCGCCAGAGUGCUUUGGUGGAAGAUGACGCUAUUUCACUUCUUCAACUGUGCGAUUCUCACCUUCGGUCCCCACGCCGUCUACUACUCCGCCACUCCAUUAUCUGAAUAUGACAUCAUAUGUCAGUUGUUUACCUCGCUAAAUCAAUGGUUAAGCUUGUUUGCUUGGCAACUUUUCUGCAAGUCUCUGAAACUGAAGUAUUUGAUCCUUACCAGGAAGCACUGAAAGCAAUGAUUGGCUUCAUUGACGUCGCUGGUCUGUACUUUUCUCUGGCUCAGCUGACACACAGGAACAUCUCCGAAAACCAUAAGUUUCAAGCUGUUGACCUUGGAUGGGCAUUUCCGGAUUCUGUUUUGCAUAGGUUGGUUCCUCUUUGGGUUGGUGCUCGAGGACUUGAGUUCACUUGGGAUUAUGUUUUACAAGGGCUUGAAGCCAAUGCAAAUCUGGUGUUCACGAUAUCUUUAGCUGCGCUAGGAUCGUUGAUGUGGCUACGUAAGAACAAGCCAAAGACUCUGAUCCCCAUCAUAUACACGUGUGAAGUGAUCAUCGCGACAAUGCCUUCAAUCACAAGCUAUCUUAGGAGAGUCGUGGGAUGGCAUUCGGGUUUGAGUUGAUGACUUCUCUGGUUAUGGCUUUCAUCAGCUGUCAACUCUUUAUCCUCUGUCAGAGACCAUCUUUGUGAUUCCACUCCUACCGUGAGACCAAACUCACUUAAGCUGCUCUUUGGCAGAAGACAUCUUUAUGUUUAUGGGAAACUCUUGAGACGUACCUGCCUUGUUUUCGGUUGCUUGAAACUUUUGAUCUUUAAAUUGUAGAAGAAUAUUGAACCAUAUUAAAGAGAUCCUUACA